AAUGCUUCCAUUGGAAGUCCAUACGUAACAUGCAGUUGCGGCAAGCAGUUGGUUCCGCUUUGUCGCUGCCGCAUCACAGCUCCAACCUGAGCUCCGCCGGCAGCCUUCCUACGAUCAAGCUACAUCGCCGUCGACAAGUGCCCAUUUCCAGGUUCUGUAACACACCCAAUUUACUUUUUAGAGCUCUGAUAACCUCCUCCUCUUCCCGUUGUUCCCUUUGGCGAAUCGUGACAAUGUCCGGCGCGGCAGACCGGGAAGCGGUCUUCCCUACACGGCAGUCCCUGGGUAUAAUGAAGGCGAAACUCCAGGGCGCCCAAACAGGACAUGACUUACUCAAGAGAAAGAGCGAGGCCUUGACGAAGCGCUUUCGAGAGAUAACCCGUCGCAUCGAUGAAGCGAAACGAAAGAUGGGCCGCGUGAUGCAGAUCGCCUCUCUCUCCCUCGCCGAGGUCACCUACGCCGUGGGCGGCAACAUAGGGUACCAAAUCCAGGAGUCGGCCAGGUCGGCGCGCUUCCGCAUCCGCGCCAAGCAGGACAACGUGUCGGGAGUGCUGCUCCCGGCGUUUGAGAGCUACCUGACGGAGGGGAACAACGACUUCGCUAUGACAGGCUUGGGGAAGGGCGGGCAGCAGGUGCAGCGGUGCCGCGAGACGUACGCUAGGGCCGUCGAGGCGCUGGUUGAGCUUGCAAGCUUGCAGACGGCGUUUGUGAUUCUCGACGAGGUGAUUAAGGUCGUUAAUCGGAGAGUUAAUGCUAUUGAGCACGUCAUUAUCCCGAGGACAGAGAAUACUAUCAAGUAUAUCAACUCGGAGCUCGAUGAACUCGACAGAGAGGAGUUCUACAGACUUAAAAAGGUCGCCGGCAAGAAACAACGAGACACUGCGGCCGAUUAUGCGGAGAUGAAAAAGAGAAAAGAGGAACGCGAAGACGAGAACGAAGCUCCGGAGGAAGGAGCUCAGGCAGGGCCAGCUGAUAUUCUCGCCGCCGAAGAGGACGAGGAUGUAAUCUUCUAGCGCGCAUGGUAAGUCAUGUUUGGCGCUGUUACAGGGUUGUGUGUAAGAUCUGGGGCAAUAAGGUCAUCUUGCAAGGCACGGGCGUAUUCGUGGAGUUGUUUGUUGCUUGUAUUUUGCACACCGUACCUAUCAUUUUAAGAUCUCCAUUAAGAAGUCACG